AUGAGAGUAGAAGAAUACAGACACCAGGUUGGGGGGCACUGCAAACUGAUAAAACCGAAAGACUCAUCGAAAGUGUACAAACCCCUUAUAGAAAAUGAAUAUAUUUUCUAUGAGAAGUUAACGAACUUUGGAGCGUCUUCCGCGGAAUCGGGCCCGUUACACAUUUUGAAAAAAUUCAUCCCUAAGUUUUAUGGAGUGACUGAAAUUGUCGUUGAGUAUUCCUCGUCGUCCGAGAUGGAGGACAAUUUAGUUAACAAACAGAAAAGGAGAAAUGAACCGAGUGGUAGUAAGGGUCGGAAAUAUUUCAGUUUGGACGGACACGAUGAGACAAAACAACCGUCAAACGAACUGCAAAAACAAAUGUCAAACCAACUGCCAAACCAACCGCCAAACCAACUGCCAAACCAACCGCCAAACCAACUGCCAAACCAACUGCCAAACCAACUGCCAAACCAACUGCCAAACCAACCGUCAAACCAACUGCCAAACCAACUGCCAAACCAACCGAUAGCCAAACCGCCUCAGGGCGAGCCAGAAAAAGGAGAAAAGGACACUCAAAGUGACAAGUACGCCAAGGGGAAGAAGCGAAAGAAAUGCAUCCCACACAUCGUCUUGGAAGAUCUCGUGUACGGAUUUAAGCGACCAUGCGUAUUGGACAUAAAAAUGGGGAAAAGACAAAGAAAAAUAGGUGCAUCCUUAGAAAAAAGAAAAAGACAAGUAGAAAAAAGCUUUAGAACAACUAGCCAUUCUCUAGGAUUUAGAUUAUGCGGUUGCCAACAUUACAACAAAAUAAAUGACAAAUUAUUUUAUAAAGAUAAAUAUUGGGGUAGAAAUUUAACAAAGGAAAAUAUCCCAUGGGCAAUUCGAAAUUGGUUUUGGAAUGGUAUCCUACUGUACGACGAAUUGAUUCCAUUACUACUAGAAAAGUUACAUCGAUUUUUUAACUGCAUAGUGGAGUUACGACACUACCGCUUUUGGUCUUCUUCCCUUCUCUGGGUUUUUGAUGGUGGAUUAAAUGACGAAAAAGCGAGAUCAAAUUCGCUAGACAUCAGAAUGAUAGAUUUUGCCAAUACCAUUUAUUUACAAGAUAAUCCAUCUGUGGAUGAUGAAUAUAUAUUUGGUCUUAAAAAUUUAAUUCAUUCAAUGCAGAUCCUAAACAACACAAUUCAAGGGAUGCAUUUUUUGCCUCAAGAAAUUAGUACUUGUUUUUAUUCUGAAAAUUGUAAACCCAGGGGAAAUUUCUAUCGUCCUAUUUUUAAGAAAUCCAAGUCAGCCAUUUUGGAAGAGAAUAUAAAAAAAAAAAAUCUCAAUAUAAAUUUUGAAUUUUUAAAAAAUGCAAAAGCGAGACGGAAAAGUAGUAACGUUUAUUCGAGUCACAUGACAGGUGACGUUGACCACACGGAUGAUGGUCCAGCUUCAGGAAAACGUUCGAAUGGAACCGAUCUCCAGGAAAAGGCGAAUAUCACCACGUUUAGCGAAAGUGCGAACGGGCCCCUGAGAAAUGAAGUCCUAUCGUUAGAGGCACUUCAAAUAGGAGGCAACCUAAGGAGUGACCACCACUCGGAAGUGACCUCGAGGGGGAAGGAACCAGUUUUCCCAAUAGAUUUGAUCGAAGAUCCCAAACGGGCCCACCUCUCAUGUGAAGACGAACUUGUAGACCUGCCGAAAAAAACAACUAACACAACUAAACAGAAUGAGACAUCAGAACAAGCGCCAACAAAUAAUCAUAUCGAUGAAGCAAAAAUGGAACGAUUGGAAAUAGGGCACAUUGACUGUGAUCAUGCCAUCACGACUAGGCAUGAAACUGAUGGGAGGAAUCGCCAAACAGGAGAAAGCGUAACCGAGAUGGAAGAGCCACAAACAAAUUCUCCUUUGAAAAAUAAAAAUAAAAAUGAAAAUUGCCAUCCCAUAAAUCCCUCAGAAGAAGAAGCAACAAAUGGAGUAACCGAAAAGGGAGAAAUUCCGCAAAGUGAGGAUUGCCAAAAAUAUAUGAACAUGUCAGGUGAAAAACAGACUAUUGAUGACAAACGAUCGCACAUCAAUGCCCCGCUGCUUCAAACUCGUGAAAACGUUUCUUCCAUGUCGAGAGAGGGAAAUUUAUUUGGAAAUGGAAAGGGCAAUUCAGAGGAGAGGUACGAGAACAAUGCGUAUGAACAAGUCAUACAAGAAGUUAUAGUCAAGACGUUAAAAGUCGCCUCUAGGGGUAGCGAAAGGGAGAAAACUGCGUCCGUUGACAUUGCAUAUAAGACUCCUGUAUAUAGCAACUGCACGAACAGGAUCGAAGAUGAAAGGAAAGACAAAGACGAUGGGUGCCGCAAUGAAGGUGAGCCAAAGGGACACGAAAAUGACUUUACAAAUUUUUGUGAGUCCGGAGGGAAAGGUCGACCUUACAAGCAUGAGUAUAUUCUGUCAAAUGAGAUGAAUAGAAAUGAGGUCGCACAGAAUGGGGAUGAAACGAGCGAUCGGAAGGGAAGCUACUCUAAGGGAAGCGGCGUGGAAGUGGAGAAAAAGGAAGAAAACGGGGUCGUAAAAAAUAAUGAGCAGGAAGAUAGGCAAAACACCAAACAAAAUUUAGGUGAGAUAGAAUCCCACACACAGCAACAAACGCAAGAGAGCUUAAAACACGACAUGCUCAAAAAAGGGGAGCAUCCAAUUAGAAGCGCACUGCUGUCCAAACUCCCAAAAGAUUCGUUUGUGAGAGAAACAAAAUGGAGUAUUCUAAGCAGAAACAUAAAUCUGAAAGUGUUCAUCAAUUAUAUGAUUAAGAAAGAAAUUGAGGAAAAAAAAAAGGCGCAAGAGUAUCUGUGCCUUUUAGUGAAGGGUAGAAACGACCUGAACCUCCGAGCCUUGCGAAGGGAGCACCUCUCCGAUAGCAACAGGGACGCGGUGGGAAUUCCGUGGAAGGCGCAAAGGAGGCACAGAGCGAGCAAAGUCGGUAGAGCGAGCAAAGUCGGUAGUGCCAGCAGAAUCAGAAGAGAUAGCAGAAUCAGAAGAGACAGCAGAGCGAGCGGAGCCACCGGACGGGGAAAGAACGAGGCGAAUGAUCCCCCCUCAGAAGCAGCGAGGGGCGAACCGCCCCCCAUACUUAACCAUCACCUCUUGGAAAAAAGCCUCAGCUAUAGUUACAGUCACCGUAACACCUGCGGUCACCAUUACACCUGCGGUCAUCAUUACACCUGCGGUCACCGUUACACCCGCAGUCACACCUACAGCUGCAGCCACAGCUACAGCUCCGACUCGGGACUCAUUUACAACAGAAGCCUGCAAGGGGGAGACCUGAAGAAGAUGCUAAAAAGGGAAGCGAGAAUUACCAGCAAGAGAAUAACAGACGAUUUUAACGCUUUCACCGCGGAGUAUAGGAGCAACCGAUACGUUCACUCCGUCAUCAGACAGAGACACAACACACACCAGGUGAACGACUCGCCCAACACACACAUCGAUCGCACCACAAACAACCAAACAGAUUAUAACUCCUUUCGAGAAAAGAACCUGAUAGUACCCCUGACAGACACGAAUUCUAGUGAAAAGUACCUUCGAAGGUCCCUGUCCGAACCCAACUUCUACAAAUUUGGCUACUUCAGAUGCAUACUUAACGACUUUUAUGGAACCAAAAUUAAUUACAACAGUUUGGUUGCAAACAGGUUGGAUAAGAUGAGUAAGGUUCCCAUUUACAACCAGAUAUAUGGAUUCACUUCCAACUCGAGCGACCUGGAUUCGUCCGAUGCAUCAUGGGGCUACUAA